CGCAAAUCGGAUGAUCCCUACGAUAUCGAAGGAGGCUCGUGAGGGUAGCAGCCAAGAAAGCACCAAUACCACUUAUAUACUGCCAGGACAAACCGAAUACGCUGCGGAGGCAUGUCUCCCCAACACUACCAGAAUUAAUGAUGUCCACACCCGCGAAAAAUAUUAUCGCAAGUCUACAACGAUGGAGUACCUGCGAUGUUGCCGACGGUCUUUCGAAGCUCAAAUACCCUAACGGAGGAUUCCUCGAAGGACUGACUAUGUAUUCACCCGAGUUUCAGGCUGGACAGACCAAAAUCGUCGGGCAGGCGUUCACUGUCAAAUUUGUUCGCAAGUCGGACGAGGCCGCACCCAAGGUUCAAGGAAACUAUAUUGACAAAAUACCAGCUGGCGCAGUGGCCUUCAUUUCUCAACCCCUCCCGCACAUAAAUGCUGUCUAUGGCGGUCUCAUGACGCUUCGAGCUCAGGCUCUCAACGCAGCCGGUGUUGUAAUCGAUGGCCGUAUUCGUGAUCUCGACGAGCACCUAUGCCGCCCGUCGGAAGUCAACGUGCCUGUUCGGCUCAAUUCGGACGUUCAGGAUGUGUGGAUUGAACCCGGCGACUAUAUCAUUGCGGAUCUGAACGGCGUCGUGUGUCUACCUCAGGGGCUUGCUGAGCAGGUCUUGGAAGCUAUUCCAGCUAUUGCUGAAGCAGAUGCAAAGUGCGCAGAAGCUAUCAAGGGAGGCCGCUCCGUGGAGACAGCGUUUAGAGAGUUCCGUGGUCGUUAAUAUCCAUGAUAUCAAAAGUUGUUGCUACCCUGCACUUUAUGUUUCAUGAAACCCUUUAUCUGGAACGCCGUACAUCCUGUCAGUUCUGAUAUGCCUGUCAUCUUGUAGUCGUGAG